CCUCCAUAUUCACCUGACCUCAACCCAAUUGAACACCUCUGGUGGGCGCUCAAGAAGCGGGUAUCCAAGGACUACCCAUAUCUACAUAAGAUGGGCCAAGGAGGAGAGGACUGGGAGCACUUUCGUGAGUGCUUGAAGGCCUCAUGGAGGAGGAUACCUCGGCGUCCGAUCAAGGCCCUCAUUAUGAGCAUGCCACGCCGCCUCUCCUCUGUAGGUCGCGCAAAGGGCUGGCAAACAAAGUACUGA